CUCAUCAAAAUGGCUGAGCAGCAGCAGGAAUGUGCCGUCGGCUUGGACCAGAAUCAGUUCUGCUGUUCGGUAUGUUUGGACCUGCUAAAAGAGCCCGUCACCAUUCCCUGUGGACACAAUUACUGCAAGGGCUGUAUUAAGGGAUGCUGGGACCAGGAAGAGAAGGGGGAGCACAGCUGCCCUCAGUGCAGGGAGACCUUCAACCCGAGGCCCGUUUUAAGGAGGAACAACGUCCUGGCUGAGGUUGUGGAGAAGCUGAAGAAGACCAACCCCCAGCAGGCUGCUCCCCCUGCUGCUGUGGCCUGUGCCGGCCCAGCGGAUGUUGCCUGUGAUUUCUGCUGCGGGACCAAACCCAAGAAAGCCACGAUGUCCUGCCUGACGUGUUUGGCAUCUUACUGUCCUGCUCACCUCAAGCCUCACCACAGUGUCCCUGUGCUGAAGAGGCACCAGCUGGUCUCGGCCACAGUCCCGCUGCAGGAGAAGAUGUGCACCAAGCACAACAAGCUGAUGGAGGUCUACUGCCAGACAGACAAGCAGUGUGUCUGCUAUCUGUGCAUUAUAGAUGAGCACAAGAGCCACCGUACGGUGUCAGCUGCAGCAGAGAGGGCUGUGGAACAGGAACAGCUGAUUGUGAGUCAAAAGAAAGUCCAGGAGAAGUUCAAGGAGCGAGAGAAUGAUCUGAAUAAACUGGUCCAGGCUAUGAAGGAUUUCAAGAGUUGUUGCCAGACUGCAGCGGGGACCAGUGAUAAGAUCUUUGAUGAGCUGAUCUCCUCCAUGAAGAAAAAACGCACUUUAGCGAGGCAGCUAAUGAAAGCCCAGGAGAAGACUGCCAUCGGUCAGGCUGAGGAGAUGCAGCUGCAGCUGGAGGAGCAGAUCGCCAUGCUGAAGACGAGAGACACUGAACUGGAACAGCUUUCUCAUGUGGACGACCACAUCCAUUUCAUUAAGAGUUUCCAGUCCCUCUCCACCUCCUGUCUGGACUUGCCUCCCGCUCCUGUUGUUCGUCCUCAGCGGUCCUUCAAAAAUCUGACUGACUGCUUGUCUAAGAUGAGGGAUGACGUAGAAAGCCUCCUGAAUGACGCGCGGCCCAGGAUCUCCGCCACAGUGUCUACCCUAGAUGUGGUGCCGCCACCUGUGCCAAAGACCAGGGACGAGUUUUUACGCUAUUGCUGUCCUCUGACGCUGGAUCAGAAGUCAGUCUCCGGGCAUCUGUCCAUUUCUCAAGAACACCGCCGGGUGACGAAUACCUAUAGGUCAACUUACAAUUCUUAUUAUGGACAAUACCAAAGUUUUACGAACAUCAACCAGGUCUUGUGUAGUGAGGGUUUGUCAGAGCGAUGUUACUGGGAGGUCACAUUUUCUGGAAGGACCUGGUCUGUGGCAGUGUCACACAAAGACUUAGGCGGCUCGCAGUUUGGAAAUAAUAACAGGUCAUGGAGGUUAGACUGCUCCACUAAUGGUUACUCUUUCCAACACAAUUCAGCGAGCAGAACAGUGCCGGGCCCUCAAUCCUCCACGAUCGGAGUGUACCUGGAUUAUAAAUCAGGCACUCUGUCCUUUUAUAGCAUCUCUGACACGAUGACUCUGCUUCACAAAGAAUGCACCGCAUUCACUGAGCCUCUCCAUCCUGGCCUUAUGCUGACGGAUGUGUCUCGAUCAGGGGAAGGAGGUUAUGCAGAACUAGUCAAGUUAUGGUGAUAAAGGUUAUAUUUGGGUGUUGUUUUUUUUGUGAUCAGGCUGUAAUUGGCAUCCCAGUGUAACUGAAUACUUUACUCAACGCUCUGAUGUAAAUGUUGUGAAGAAAAUCAUAGAAAAUAGUUCCAAUUUUAGAUUACCUGAAGUUCAUGAACACCUGUAUCCCUGUAUAUAGGCUAUUCCCGCUAUUUCCUGUUGCCUGGAUACACAACACUUGUCAUGAUGCAUGUUUUUGGAUAAUAAAGUUGCUUCUGUGUGAUUAAAGAUGGCAUGGA